AUGAAGAAGAGAAACUAGAAAUUAUGUAUGUAAAUCAAAUUAUUAAUUAAGUUGAUUUAUAAGUCACCUCAAAAGUACUCUGUGCUCGAUUUGGAACAUAUUCUAAGAAAUUUAUAGCUAGUGGAGAUGAAAAGAAUUGUGUUCAAAUUUGGUAAAUUGGAAAUCCAAAACCCAUUUCUGUAUUUCAAUAAUACAUAGUUAGACUUUAAGUUAAUAAAAUAAUUCAAAUGCAUAAGUUGAAGUUGCUAGUGUCAAUUUUAAUUUUUGUGAGACUGAAUUAUUUUCUGGUUCCAAUAGAGGUAUUAUCAAUAUUUGGGAUAUUGAAAAUUAAAAAUGUAAAACCAUUUUUAUAUAUCAUGAAUAGAAAUUUAAACACUCAAAGGACAUACUACUUGUGUAAAUUCUCUUUGUAUUUAUCCAACUGAAGAUAAUAAACAUCUUCUCUUAAGUGGAGCUUAUGAUACUUCAAUUAAAUUAUGGGAUUUAAGAUCUAAAACUGCAGUAAAUCAAUUUAAAGGUCAUAGUAUGCAAAUCAACGCUUUAGCUGUUUCUCCAAAUUGUAAAUUAUUGGCAUCUGGUUCAAAUGAUGGAUAAGUUAAAAUUUGGGAUAUUGCCUCAGCUAAAUAAAUCUCAUCUUUUUCUUAACAUGAUAGUUAAAUUACAUGUCUAAGUUUUAAUCCAGUUGAUAAAGCAUUAGCUUCAGGUGGAGGAGAUAGAUGUGUUAGAUAUUGGGAUUUAGAUAGAUUAACCUAAGUAAUUUAAGUCUAUAAGUAUUAGAUUUCAUCUACCAGAACUGAUACAACCCCAAUUUAAUGCAUCUUAUUUGAAUAAAAUGGAAAAGUAUUAUAUUCUGCUGCAUAUGACUCUUUAAAAGUUUGGGAUGUUGAACAUGAUUGUUAACUUUUAGAUAAUGUCGAAAGCAGUUGGAGAGGAGUAUAAGAUUUAAUAGUUGUUUAAGAAAGAGAUCAACUAUUAGGACUUGCUUCAAAUUUAUAAAGUGGUUUUAGUCUUCAUGGUGUUAAUCUCAAAACUAUUUGUCAAGAUACUAAAAAUAUAGAUGUUAGAUCAAGUGGAGGAGGUCCUUCUGUAAAAAGAGGAAGAACACCAGAUAAAAGAUAAGAUAUCUAAACAGCAAAUCCAAAACCAUCAGAUUCAGAAAGUAAAGUUAAAAGCAAACCAUCAUUAUAAAUGCAAGCUUAAAACAUAUUAAAUUAAGAUUAUUAGUAUGAUAGAUAAAAAUCUAAUGAAUAAAUGAAAGAUAUUUAGUAAUAGUAAUAGUAGCAGCAACCUUACUAUUAAUAAUAAUAAAUAAUUGUAUCCCCGUUUCCAAAUAAUACUGGAUUUUAGCAAUAACAACAAUUUACUUAAUAGCAAAUGUAAUAUUAAUAUUAAUAAAACCCUUUGUCAUAAUAAUAAUAAGGAAAUCAACUUUAUCAGCAAUAACAAUAAUAAAAUCAUUUAUUUUUAUAACAAAAUUUAUUGUCAUAAUAGCCAUAGCAAUUUUAAAAUAAUGAUACAAAUUAAUACUUUUCAUAUUAAGUACAUACACCUUAACAUAAUUAAUAAAAAUAGUAAGAUAUUAAUGUUCCUUAAGUAAUUGUUCCUAAAGUAAUUGUUCCUAACAUAGAAGAGGAUGAAUAUCCUCCAGAUGAAUCUGAGAUUAUGGCUUCAAGUGAUUUAACUCUAUCAUAAUUUAUGAUGGGAGAUUAAAAUAAGGAAAAGUUUAAAUAAGUAGAUCUUAUCCAUGAGAUUGCAAAAGAUCAUAAUAAAGUAUAAUCUGUUUUGACUUAAAGAAUGAAUUAUAUGAGACCUAUACUUCAUUGGUGGAGUAUUAACAAUCUUAAAUCUGCUAUGAAUGCUAUUGCUUAGUAGAAUUUUUAUUUUAUAUUAGAGUAAUAGAACCAUCCAUUUUAUAAGAUGCUUUAUCUCUUUAUUCCCAAUCUCCUAAGUUUGGAUAAGUACCGAUAGAAUCUAUUCCUAUGUUAUUAGAAAAAGCUAGAAUUCUAAUUGAAUCUAAAUAUACUUCAUAUAUUAGGGGAGGCCUUUAAUUUGCUUAAACUACUCUUAAUUAAUUUCGAGAUGUAAUAGAUUAUUAUUUAUCUAAGGAAAUUCUAAAUAUUAAGCUAUUUAAUUAAUUAUCUAAAACAGAUAUUGCAAGAGAAGAAAGAAUUUAGAAAUAUGAUAGAGUUAUUGAACAAUUUAAAAUUAUAGUUUAAACACCAAAACUACAAAAAAUAAUUGAUAGAAAUAAAGAAGAUAUCUCAGAUAUGGCUAAAAAAUUUUAAAUAGAAAUAGUUGGAUUUCUCAAAAAAAUUAAUUAGAAUUAAAUGCUAAAUUGA